GUCUCCCGUUCCUUGCCUCCGACGGUCAUGUCGCUCGCCACCGCCGCCAGGGCUGGGGCUGGGGCUCCCCGCAUCCAUCGCUCACUGCACACUACACAAUGUCGAGCGAACAAGAUUGGACCCCCACACCCCAUAUCCAAUCUCCGCCCCGUCAUUUACUCCGACGCACCUCCUUCGACCCAGCGCGCAACCCACCCGUACUCCCUGCACGAGUUCGAUGAGGACCCGACGAGGUUGAGGACAAACUACGACUUGCAGUGGAAGCUGGCGAGGCAAGACUUGGAUAGCUUCAACCACAAUUUCUGGCUGGACAGCAACUUGCGGUUCGAGGCCGCACGGCAGCAGAUACUCGCUGCUCUUCCCGCGGAUGCUCCAACAUUGGACAAGGAGGAUGCGCUAUCUGAGUUCUAUCGGCAUUGGGUAUUGCAGGAGGGGGAGCGUUUGGACGCUUAUACCGACGAAUGGCGGGCGAGGAAUUGGGACGUGAUCAAGUUGGAGUGGAGGGUGAAAUGGCAACGGUUCAAGCAAAGGUGGAUGUGAUUCCUGCACUCCCAUCGAGGUCCAGGAUCUCUUGUGUAAUAUAUCAUCGUAUUCCCUCUGCAGCGCAUCGUCUGCGGCAAGUCUCCCCUCUAA